AGUUCUAGUGUGCGCUGACAGAGUGGAGAUAAGACUCCCCGGAUGACCUUGCUGCUGCUGCUGCUGCUGAGCUGCUAAGAGCCGACCACAACACAACACACACCGUCCACAGGGAAGACAUGGCAAGUUUAUCAGCUAUACCCGCACUGCCCAAAUCAGGAUUCAGCUUAUCUAAAGAGCAUUUCGUGGUUGCGGUGCCGGUCGCGGUGGUUGCAGCUGUUGGAGGUUUCCUGGUCAGCCAUUACCUGAGUGGGCGGAGCUGUAAAAAGGGCCUGGUGAACACAUCCGUCAGUAAAGAUAGCCCCAAAGUGGUCCACAGCUUCGACAUGGAGGACAUCGGCACCAAGGCGGUGUACUGCCGCUGCUGGAAGUCAAAGAAGUUCCCCUACUGUGACGGAGCCCACGCCAAACACAACGAGGAAACCGGGGACAACGUCGGGCCGCUGAUCAUCAAAAAGAAGGACGCUUAAAUCGGAGAACCUCGCCCUCCCUCGACUUCUCAUGCACCCUGGCCCCAGCUUGUCCAAUCCUUUAUCAUCAUCGCAGUGUCCCACCGAUGGUUAUGGUAUGACACUGUCGCAAUUAAAUCAAACCGUUUCGUAGCCCAGAACAGAAAGCGCUGAAAAAUGUUGUGAAUUUUGAUUUCAUACACGCCCCACUGUUUCUACAGUAGCCGACUUUGAAAUCAAAGGUCAUUCGAGGAGAGAUAAGGAAGGGACUUUGACAAUCAACACAAUCUGACAUGGAGGUGCUUUAACUGGCAUUAUGACCGACUUAAUGUAAAGUAGAAUUAUCUUUGGACCUGAUUAUAAAUGAAAUAUUUCGGCAUUUAUCUUCACUUGUGGUGUCCCCUUCCUUCUCGACUCCUAUGGGUGUGGAGCCGGUGGUUGAAACAUGCUGAACCAGGCAGCUCUUUGCCUCAAGUCAGUCCAGUAUUUACUUUGAAUUCAGCAAAGGCCUUAAAUCUAAAAUCUACAGCCCACGACUUCGCAGUGUUAACGCACUCAAACCCAUAUGAAUGUUACGUGUUACGGUUUCUUGCACUAUAAGAGCUGCUCAGUCGGGGUGAAACAAAGUUCUGCGUUUUCUUUAAUGAAAUAAUAAUCUCCGACCUUGACGAGUGUUGAAACACUAUCUGCUGUUUGUAACCGGUUACCCGUCUGCUUUCUGAGAAAACUUUGUAUUUAAUCUGUAAACUCUGCUUAUGAAAGGAUAUAUUUUGCUUUUUUUCUCUUUAGAUUUAUUUUCUACUGGCUGCGGUGUGUCUGACUUGAUUCAUUGUUCUUGUAUAUUGUGAAUAAAACUUAAUGAGUGAUCUGA